GAAGAUUUUACCAUUAUUAUUGCAGGUGAAUGCCUUCAUGGCUGACCUGAAGCACAGAAUUCUUAUGGUUUCUGAUUUUUUCUAUCCCAACUUUGGUGGUGUCGAGAAUCACAUUUAUUAUCUGUCACAGUGCCUGCUAAAACUCGGUCACAAGGUGGUUGUUUUGACCCAUGCUUAUGGAAAUCGAUCUGGGGUGAGAUAUAUGACUGGUGGUUUGAAGGUUUAUUAUGUACCAUGGCGGCCAUUCCUCAUGCAGAAUACAUUCCCAACUUUUUAUGGAACAUUUCCAAUAAUAAGGACUAUACUUCUUCGAGAAAAGAUAUCACUUGUGCAUGGUCAUCAAGCCUUUUCUACUUUAUGCCACGAGACUUUGAUGCACUCACGUACCAUGGGAUACAAGGUUGUAUUUACUGACCAUUCAUUGUAUGGUUUUGCUGAUGCGGGAAGCAUCCACAUGAACAAGGUUCUGCAGUUUACUUUAGCAGAUGUAACCCGGGCCAUUUGUGUUUCUCAUACAAGCAAGGAAAAUACAGUGCUAAGGUCGGGUUUGCCGCCAGAAAAGGUUUUUGUAAUACCUAAUGCUGUGGACACAGCUAUGUUCAAGCCUGCUCAAGUGCGUCUUGGCCGUGAUGAAAUUGUUAUUGUUGUGAUAAGUAGGUUGGUUUAUCGGAAGGGUGCAGAUUUACUUGUAGAAGUCAUUCCAGAAGUUUGCCGUUUGUAUCCCAAUGUUCGUUUCAUUGUUGGUGGAGAUGGACCUAAACGCGUGCGGUUGGAAGAGAUGAGAGAAAAGCAUUCUCUUCAGGAUCGAGUUGAGAUGUUGGGGGCUGUACCACAUGCUUCUGUAAGGUCUGUGCUGAUUUCUGGUCACAUAUUCUUAAACAGUUCGUUAACCGAAGCUUUCUGCAUAGCCAUAUUGGAGGCUGCAAGUUGUGGACUGUUAACUGUCAGUACUCGUGUAGGAGGUGUUCCAGAGGUUUUACCAGAUGACAUGAUAGUACUUGCUGAACCUGAUCCAUGUGACAUGGUACAUGCAAUUAGGAAGGCAAUAUCUAUACUUCCUAAUAUUGAUCCGCAGGUUAUGCACGAUCGUAUGAAGAACCUUUAUAAUUGGAAUGACGUGGCCAAAAGGACCGAGAUAGUAUACAAUCGUGCUUUGAAAUGUUCCGAUCAGAGUCUCCUAGAACGACUUUCAAGGUAUCUUUCGUGCGGAGCAUGGGCAGGCAAGCUGUUUUGCUUGGUUAUGAUAAUCGACUUUUUGAUAUGGCGCCUGUUAGAACUGUUGCAGCCUGCAAAGGAUAUUGAGGAGGUACCUGAUGUGGCUCUACCCUGCAAUCAACGUGGAGAAAGGAUUGAAGAAAUAUUUCAUUGGAAAACUGAAUAAAAUAUUAUUAGUAACAAAUAUUUAAUGUUUCGUUUAUUCCAUUCUUAUUCUUGAUGUAUUCAUAGUUAAAAUUCCAUUC